AUGUCAUCCCAGUUCUCCAUGGCCGAGCUGCUCAAGGCCACCAAUAACUUCUCUUCAGACAUGAUCAUCGACCAUGGGGACUCCUUCCUGCUUUACAAGGCCCAGCUCUCCAACGGUCUCACCGUCGCCGUCAAGAAGCAUGACCCCGAAGAGUUCCCGGGGUUUCGCGAAUUCCGAGCUGAAGUCGAAACUCUUGGAAAGCUUCGACACCCAAACAUCGUCAAGCUCUUGGGGUACAGCGCCUCUGACUCGGGUGGACUUUUUGUCUACGAGUACAUCGAGAGAGGUAAUCUUCAUCGUUUGCUGCAUGAGUCUAAUACCCAAUUACCAUGGAAAACCAGAUUGCAGAUUGUUAAAGGUGUGGCUGAUGCGCUCGCAUAUUUGCAUGGCUUGGACAACCGCAUUGUUCAUAGGGACAUUAAACCCCGAAAUGUAUUAUUGGAUUCCGAAUUUCAGCCUCAUAUUACUAAUUUUGGGCUCGCUAGGAGGAUCGACUCAGAGCAUUCUCACGUGUCAACAACUUGUGCCGGCGACAUCGAAUACAUGCCACCGGAGUACAGUCAGGGAUUGGACAAGGCUACCUUGAAAGGUGAUGUAUAUAGUUUUGGGAUUCUGAUGUUGGAAAUUGCAUCAGGGGCACGGCCCAGUUUUCCCGUCAGACUUGCAAAUUGGGCCUGUAUUCCCAAAAUGAAAAUGAUCGAUUCGAGUAUUCGGAGGCAGGAUUUGGAUGAAGUCGUAGUUAAGAAGUACAUUUCCAUUGCUUGUUCAUGUGCUAAUAAGAGUUCAAGAGAGAGGCCUCCAAUGACACAGGUUGUGGAGCUGUUGAAUCAACUUUCCACAUGA